CGGUCACCUCGUAGACUGGUAGCAACGCAGCGCGUCCUCGGGGACACCCGCACUGCUAUGGCUACCGGUGGCGGCGUGGCCUCCAGAGAGGGGCUGCGCUACGCCGAAUACCUGCCCCCCUCCACCCAAAGGCCGGACGCCGACAUCGACCACGCUGCAGGGAAGAAGGCUGAUAGCUGUAGGACUAGGUGUUGCAGCUGUUGCAUUUGCAGGUCGCUAUGCAUUUCAAAUGUGGAAACCUCUAGAACAAGUAAUCACAGAAACAGCAAGGAAGAUUUCAUCACCGUGGCCCCAGCUUAACCCAGAAGUAGAUGUCCCUACUGAGACUAAACCUCACUGCCUGCCCUCCUCGUCCCUUCGUGUUCACAGCCAGAGCUCCUACUGGCAACCAGAUUUUUACACCUGGAGAUACCUGAGCUUUUCGUCCUACUAUAAAGGAGGAUUUGAGCAAAAAAUGAGUAGGCGAGAAGCUAGUCUUAUUUUAGGUGUAAGCCCAUCUGCUGGCAAGGCCAAGAUUAGAACAGCACACAAGAGAAUUAUGAUUUUGAACCAUCCAGACAAAGGUGGAUCUCCUUACUUAGCAUCCAAAAUAAAUGAAGCAAAGGACUUGCUAGAAUCGUCCACCAAACUUAAAUGAUGCUGAAAGAUCCUACCAAAGGAAAAGGUGCAAGGCUCUAGAAGUCUUCCUACAGAAGACUAUGGAACAUGGACUUGCUUCAUAUUAACCAACUCUGUUCUUCUGUCAUUAAGUGUGCAGCAAUAAAAGAUAUGCACCUUGAUCUUCA